AUGGCCGGGAAGAAAAAGAAAACUCUGGCCAAUAAAUUAGCCAAAAUGUCCGACGAAGAUCGGGCGAGGUACUUGCAGCACCGCGCUGAAGUGGAAGAAGAGGCUAGGAGACGAAAGGAACAAUUGAUUGCUACGUUUAUGAAGAAAAAAAUCAAAAAGGAAGAAGCGUUUGCGAGAUUGAACACGGCGAAGAUAAAUCAAAAUUGGCAUCAGAUCUUGAGGAAGAUUAAGGUGCAAGAGAUGAAAGACGACGUAGAUCACCUAAGAAAGUGGAUAGAAAGGACGCUUAGCUACAAGAACCAAAAGAUUUCGAAACUUGUGGAAGAUCUGGACGAGGCGGACAGUCACUACAAUAAGAAUUUUGCGUCCCACUCUACACAUCUAGAUGAAAUUAUUGAGAAUCAAAAUAAAUACAUCGAAAAGUUGCAAAAGCAGUACGAAACGGAGCUCGACGAAUUGUUAAAAUCAGCCAAAACGGAAAAGGAAACUUUCUCGACGAAUUCCGCCAACGAAAUCGAAUAUUUGAAAACCGUAACGUACGGUCAAAAUUCGGAAUCCUCGGAUUUUUUGCAGAAAAGGCAAGAACAAUUCAACCAACAGUUAUUUGAGAUUAAGUACGAAAACAAUGCAAAACUCAGUCAGUUGAGUAAAACCUGCGGCCAAACGCAAGCCGCUAUCUGGCGACAAAUCUUCCAAAUUACGAAGCUUUACGUUCAAGGUACCAACACCAGAAGGAGCCACUUGGCUGAAUUGCAAAGACUGGAUGCCGAAAGCGCCAUCGAAGUACAAGCCAAUGAGGAACGUAUAAACGUUGAGGAGGAACUCGUAAGCACCCUUAAAAGCAAGCAAAAUGAGCUCCGAGAAUCCACCGAACUUAAAACCAACGAUCUCGAUGUCGAAGAAAGACGACUGAAUGAUAAAUUUAUCGCCAUAAAAAAACGUCUCAAGACCCAUUUGGAUGUCGACGACAAAAAGUUACGUCUGAUGACGUUCGCGGCCAACGAAACGUUGGAUCUUUUAGUGCAGCUUAACGAAAAGGGUCGGCAUAUAGUCGCCUUGUCGCAAACGUGUAGGAAAUUCGAAACAGAAAGGGAAAAAGUGGCAAGGUUCAUUCCGACUCCAAAAAUUGACGAGGUUGACUUGAAUAUCGACCAUGAACGGAAUACACUCACAGACGACGAGAAGCUAACCCAACUGACACUACAAACAGACAUGUGCAAAAUCAAAGGUCGUCCCCAGACAGCGAUACCGUCUAGAUUUCUCGGCGAAUCGUCAAAAAUCGAUUCCAGUGGCGUGCCGACGCCGGAAACUGUUAGCAUCGCGCCGAUCGAAGAAGUAACGCUUUUGCAAAAGUCUAUCGAUGUUCAAGCGACCUCGGAUUGUCCAGUGCAACGAGAUACAUUUUUGGGAAAAUGUUACGAGAGCUUGAGACGAGUGGAAAACUUCUGGAAAAUGUACAACAAAGUGGAAAUCGACAUUAUGGAGAUUAAAGAGGAGAGGAAAGUGUUAACAAAAGAAAACAAGCAGCUCAGGGGCGUCAUCAGGGCCGUGUUGGAGGCGGCGGCCCUAAAAAAGAGCAAUCCGGAAAGUCGAGCUUCAGCUAGGGUGAUUUCUAAGAGUAGGAGUGCUUAUUCGGCUCCAUGUAGGAGAAUCGUGUUCACUUGA